CUGCUUGUUUGUUGUGUCCCUGCCUGGUGUGCAGAUGGCUCUGUGCACUGGCAGCGGCCUGGCAAGGAGCCCGAGGCCGAUCUCCCGUACUAUCGCCACCGAGCUCCCUCUGCCGAGGUGGAGAUGACGGCCUACGUGCUCCUGGCUCACCUCACGUCGCAGCCGGCCCCUGCCCAGGACGAGCUGUCAUUUGCAGCCCUGAUUGCAAAGUGGAUCAGCAGCCAGCAGAAUCCUAAUGGAGGCUUCUCCUCCACCCAGGACACCGUGGUGGCUCUCCAAGCCUUGUCCCUGUAUGGAGCUGUCACCUAUGCCAAGAGCGGGGCAGCUUCYAACGUGGCCCUGCGAUCUGCAGGGGGCUUCCAGCAGGACUUCCAAGUGGAUCCCASCAACCGGCUGCUGCUCCAGCGCCURCCCCUUCCCCAGGUGCCAGSGGACUACAGCGUGGAGGUGUCUGGGGAAGGAUGUGUCUACCUGCAGACAAGCCUGAGGUACAACGUGCAGCCCACGCAGGAUGAGGCGCCCUUCACGCUUCAUGUGUACACAGUCCCAGAGACGUGUGUGGACUCCACGGCUCACAAGGUCUUUGACAUUGGCAUCAAUGUCAGUUACRCUGGGGAGCGCAAUGUCUCCAACAUGGUGAUUGUUGAUGUGAAGAUGYUGUCGGGAUUCAUCCCCCUGAAGUCCUCAGUGAGGAAGCUGGAACGCCACCAUGUUAUUGAGCGCACAGAGCUGAAUACGAAUCACGUUCUACUAUACCUGGAAAAGCUGGGCAGGGAGACCCUCAGCUUCUCCUUCACGGUGGAGCGGGACAUCCUCGUGCGGGGCCUGAAGCCAGCCCAGGUGAAGGUCUAUGACUACUACGAGACAGGUGAGUGYGGGGCUGGCAGCGCCCGUGGCAGCGAGGGUGGGCACUGGGACACGUGGAGGGCAUGGGAGCUGUGGGGACCUGCAGCUGCCCCUGGCCUGGCAUGGCCACCUCAGCCCUGCCUGAGCUCUGGGACUGCACAGGGACCUGGGGCAGAGCCGUGGGUGCUGGGGGUCCCGUGUCCRUUCCUGGUCCUGGCUGUGGCCRUGCCUGUGCUUCCAGGCAGGCCCUGCUGCUCKUUGUGCCUCUGCUGUCCUGGCUGCUGUGCCAGGGUGGCAGUGACAGAGCUGUUUGUCCCCACUCAGCCCAGUGUGGUGGGAGGAGGAUUCAGAGCAGCCCUGGGUACGCUGGGGCAGUACCAGCGUACUGGAGGAGCUGCCUCCAGUACRGGGAGCUGCCUGGAGCUGGAGCUGCUGGAGCUGCCUGUGCGGGGUGGCUCUGCCUUGCUGCCACUGCCCCCAGCCCAGCUGGGAUYGCUGGGGGAAACUGGGGAUUGGUGGCACCAGCCUGCUCUGAGGGCCUGGGAAAAGCAUCUCUCUGGCACCUGUCCCUCUGCCAGCAGUGCCAGGGGUCAUGACAGCUCACUGUCUCCCUUCCCUUCUGUUUUGCAGAUGARUUUGCCACACAGGAGUACAGUGCUCCCUGCACCACAGUGCCGGCUGAACAAGGAAAUUCCUGAAGAAUGCAUCUUGUCAAAGCCUUGCYUUAUCAGCUUUUGUGUCUCUGCCCUUAGAAGAUCUUAAGGGGAAGGUACUGAAAUGCUAGAGGAGGACAYCUCAAAAGCAGAAAGGAAGCAACACUAUAAAUAAAUUAAGUCCUGA